AUGGCUACCUCAGCUCUUGCUGUUCGAGCCCAGCUUGGACGCGUCGCUGCUCAAGUACGAAGCUCUUCAACAUUCCCUUUCCAAGCCACACGACCCUGGAUCUGUCGCCGAUGUUCGACUACAGCAGCGAGAUACGUACCAUUUGGUCGACGCACGGUCUAUACCAGCACUUCCAAAGAUGAGGCGAACAGCCCAGCUACCGCAGAACUCUCAAGGGGCUCUUACCGGCCCCUCGACACCUUCGCGCGCCGCCACAUUGGCCCUUCGCCGAGUUCUACGGAGCAGAUGCUGAAAGCGCUGGACCCGACAGCCAAGAGCCUGGACGAGUUUGUGAAGCAGGUCCUCCCAAGCGAUAUCCUGUCGGCGAAGGAUCUAGAGAUUGACGCUGCAAAGUCUGGAGGAGAGGAUGGGUUCACGGAAUCGCAAUUGCUUGCGAGACUCAAGACCAUUGCCUCCGAGAACAAGAUUAUGCGAAGUUACAUUGGGUGUGGAUAUGCGGGAACGAGAGUGCCAGAGGUCAUCAAGAGGAAUGUGCUGGAAAACCCAGGAUGGUACACGAGCUACACCCCAUAUCAGCCGGAGAUCAGUCAGGGUCGCUUGGAAUCGCUGCUGAACUUCCAGACCUUGGUCUGCGACUUGACAGCUCUGCCAAUUUCCAAUGCUUCUCUGCUGGACGAAUCUACGGCGGCCGCAGAGGCUAUGACUCUGUCUCUAAAUGCUCUACCAGCCUCGAGACAGAAGAGCAAGAACAAGACGUUCUUUGUCAGUCACUUGGUCCACCCUCAAACAAAAGCAGUACUCCAAAGUCGUGCGCAGGGAUUCGAUAUCAAGAUUGAGUUUGGUGAUGUUCUUGAAAAUGGAGCAGCUCGUGUUAAGGAGCUCGGCAAGGACCUUGUUGGAGUUCUUGUCCAAUACCCAGAUACUGAGGGUGGAGUGGAAGACUUCCAGGGUCUCGCGGACGUCAUCCACGAGCAAGGAGCAACCUUCAGUGUUGCUACGGAUCUUUUGGCUUUGACAGUUCUGACACCACCUGGAGAAUUCGGCGCUGAUAUCGCUUUCGGAAAUGCCCAGCGAUUCGGUGUACCUUUUGGCUACGGCGGACCUCAUGCCGCUUUCUUCGCUGUUGGCGACAAGUACAAGCGAAAGAUCCCUGGACGUCUCAUUGGAGUGUCCAAGGACAGGCUGGGAGAUAAGGCCAUGCGACUUACUCUUCAAACCAGAGAGCAGCACAUUCGUCGAGAGAAGGCUACCAGCAAUGUUUGCACAGCGCAGGCGUUGCUGGCAAACAUGAGCGCAUUUUAUGCCGUCUACCAUGGUCCAAAGGGCCUGAAGAACAUUGCUGAGCGAGCCAUCAAUGGCGCCAGGAUUAUUGAGGCCGGAGUCAAGUCCUUGGGAUUUGAGACUGGGUCCAGAGGCAAGGGGGAGGAUGGAAGUGUCCUGUUUGACACGGUUGUGGUGGACGUUGGCUUAGGCAAGGCCGAUGCCGUCUUGCAACAUGCCGUCAAAGGCCAUCAUAUCAACUUGAGGAAGUUCACUAACAACAGAGUUGGUAUCACUAUUGACGAGACUGUUGACCUCAAGGACCUUGAGGAUAUUCUCGCAAUCUUCAAAGACUUUGCCAAGUCCAAGAAGGAGAUCAGUAUUGAGAAGAUAAUCAAGUCCUUGCCCGGAAGCGGUAAACUCCCGAUCCCAGCGCCUUUGAAGCGAACGUCCGAGUAUCUCACCCACCCGGUCUUCAACUCCCACCACUCUGAAACCGAGAUUCUCCGAUACAUCAACCACUUGCAAUCCAAAGACCUGUCUCUGACCCACUCGAUGAUUCCACUGGGGUCGUGCACAAUGAAGCUCAACGCCACAACAGAGAUGGCUCCAGUAACCUGGCCUGAAUUUGCCUCCAUCCAUCCAUUCGUACCAAUUGAUCAAGCCAAAGGCUACAAGGUUAUGAUUGACGAGUUGGAGACCGAUCUGGCUACUGUCACUGGAUUUGAUGCUGUUUCUCUACAGCCAAACUCUGGUGCGCAAGGUGAAUUUACUGGAUUGCGUGUUAUCCGCAAGUUCCAGGAGCAACAACCUGGAAAGAAGCGUGAUAUCUGUUUGAUCCCAGUCUCUGCCCACGGCACAAAUCCAGCCUCUGCAGCCAUGGCUGGAAUGAGAGUCGUCACCGUCAAGUGCGACACGAAGACUGGAAAUCUCGACAUGGAAGAUCUGAAGGUCAAGUGCGAGAAGUACAGCGAAGAGCUUGGUGCGAUUAUGAUCACCUACCCGAGCACAUUUGGUGUUUUCGAGCCAGAAGUCAAGGCUGCCUGUGAUCUUGUCCAUCAACACGGUGGACAAGUUUACAUGGAUGGUGCCAACAUGAACGCUCAGAUCGGUCUCUGCACCCCAGGCGAGAUCGGAGCCGAUGUUUGCCAUCUUAAUUUGCACAAGACCUUCUGUAUUCCUCACGGAGGUGGAGGUCCAGGUGUCGGUCCAAUUGGUGUGAAAUCCCACUUGGCCCCCUUCCUUCCAGGUCAUCCACUGGUGAAGACCGGUGGUGACCACGGCAUCGCUCCCGUUAGCGGUGCCCCAUGGGGAAGCGCAAGCAUUCUUCCCAUCAGUUGGGCAUACGUCAAGAUGAUGGGUGGCCGUGGCUUAACCCACGCUACGAAGAUCACACUCUUGAACGCCAACUACAUCAUGUCCCGCCUACGGCCCUACUAUCCCAUCCUCUACACCAAUGUCAACUCUCGCUGUGCCCACGAGUUCAUCCUUGAUGUACGGGGCUUCAAGGAGACGUGCGGUAUCGAAGCUAUCGAUAUCGCCAAGCGUCUCCAAGAUUACGGCUUCCAUGCUCCAACCAUGAGUUGGCCCGUCGCCAACACACUCAUGAUCGAGCCUACCGAGUCUGAAAGCAAAGAUGAAAUGGACCGGUUCAUCAACGCUCUGAUCUCCAUCCGAGCUGAGAUUCAAGCUGUGGAAAAUGGCACAGUUGCAAGGGAAAGCAACAUUCUGAAGAACGCGCCACAUUCACAGAAGGACUUGAUUGUUGGGGAAUGGAACCGCCCUUACACCCGUGAAGAGGCUGCCUAUCCCCUGCCGUACCUCAAGGAGAAGAAAUUCUGGCCGACCGUGACCAGAGUAGAUGAUGCGUUCGGUGACAUGAACCUCUUCUGCACCUGUGGUCCCGUCGAACCCGUCGACGUGGAAGGCGACAUAACCGGUAUCUCAGCGCCUAAUCCUACAUGA